AUGAGAGCAUGGUUGCAGCAUGGUGGUGAUAUCCCUCUCGCUGUGACUACUGGAAACCAGAUUUCGUCAAGACUUAUGAGUCUUUCUGGUGCAACGGUUCUGCUGAGACUGCCGGCAAAGUCACCGCAGUGUUCAGUUUUACGAGCUGGAGAAAUAGUGGAUGCCCUUUGGCUGGGUCCCUUUUGA